AUGAAUAAGUUUUAUAUUCAAAUUGUUUUAUUUCUUUUAACCAUCUCCCUAUAUGUGAAUAAUAAAACCCUUGCAACUGAACCUGCUCUAGGAGAAGAUACAGCACCCAAACCACUACAUUGUUCUACUUCAGAAGAAAUAUAUGAAAAAAACAAGCACCUAUUACGUAACGAUCCCAAAGAAACUAUACAAGCGUACAUAUAUAUGAAUAAAGCUUUAAACCAUUUAGACCAUCAUUCUACAAGUAAAGAUUAUAAAUUAUGUAAAAAAUAUAAUUUCCAUCGUGCGUUUUUUUAUAAAAAAAAAUAUCAAGGUCAUACCGAUGUUGAAAAAAUUCAAUAUACAAUCGAUGAUCCGAAUAAGUACAAUGAAAUAAUAAACGAGUUAUGGGAUCCUGAUCAUCCCAAUUUUUUAAAUACUGGUUCUAUAUCAGAAAACAUAACUAUAAUUGCUUAUGGGUCAGCAAAUAUAAAUAAUCACAACCCUUCCAAUAAAAAAUAUAAAAACGAAAUUGUAAAAGAAGCAAAUUUAUUAAAAACUAACAUUGAUUCCGAAGAAGGUAUUAGAAAAGGAAAAUUAAAAAAAACGUUUGUUAAUUGGAACCUUAUUAAAAAACGCAGCAAAUGUGUUAAUAUCACCUAUAUCAAAUAUGUAAGCGAUAUCCAAAUUUUAAUAAUAAUUUAUUUCAACAAUUGUUAA